AUGAGACUGGCAACUAUAAGAUCUGCGCUACUUUCGUCGCUCUUUGCAUCGCAGGCACUGGCCGAGGUCAUACCGGUGGCGGACAACCGCCACGACGGUGACGACACGGGCUCCAAGUACGUGAAGCUCUCCUUCGAUAAGCUUUACGGGGACUCGCUGGACACUGCUGGCAGCGAUAAAACCCCAGAAGUUCGGCUACUCAAGAGAGACGAUGGCUACGAGGAAAUUAUAAUAACGAACCAGAAAAGUUUCUACUCGGUGGAAUUGGAGGUGGGGACACCAGCCCAGAAUAUCACAGUUCUAGUGGACACGGGUUCUUCCGAUCUAUGGAUCAUGGGUUCUAGCAACCCGUACUGUUCGUCAAGCAGCAGCGACAGUAGCAAGCGCGUCGUCAUGAAACGGGAUAUUUCUUCGAGCAGCGGCGGUUUGCUUGAUGGUAUCAACCCAUUUGGCUGGCUUACAGAAACAGGAAGCGCCACAGCCACGGGCUCUGCAGGAGGUGCCGGAGGAGGUUCUGGAGGAGGUUCUGGAGGAGGUUCCGGAGGAGGUUCUGGAGGAGGUUCCGGAGGAGGUUCUGGAGGAGGUUCCGGAGGUUCCGGAGGUUCCGGAGGAAGCACUGGAGGAGGUGGUGGCGGAGGAAGCACUGGAGGAGGUGGUGGCGGAGGAAGCACUGGAGGAGGUGGUGGCGGAGGAAGCACUGGAGGAGGUGGUGGUGGAGGAAGCACUAGAGGAGGUGGUGGUGGAGGAAGCACCGGAGGUGGUGGUGGAGGAAGCACCGGAGGAGGUGGUGGAGGAGGCUUUGCAACGGCAACUCAAUCAGUACCCGCUUCAGAAGCCACCAUGGACUGUAAGGAGUACGGGACUUUUACCACUUCGGAUUCCUCCACGUUUAAAUCAAACAACUCUGAUUUCGAAAUCAGUUACGGUGACGGCACUUUUGCCUCUGGUGUUUUUGGUACUGACGUUUUGAAUUUGAGCGACCUGAACGUCACCGGGUUGUCGUUUGCAGUUGCUAAUGAAACAAACUCGUCAAUGGGUGUGUUAGGUAUUGGUUUGCCUGCAUUGGAAGUCACUUAUUCCGGUUCUUCCGCUUCUUCUGGCGGGAAAUCGUAUAAGUAUGACAAUUUCCCCAUCGUAUUGAAAAAUUCUGGUGCUAUCAAAUCCAACUCCUACUCUUUGUAUUUGAAUGAUCUCGAUGCUAAACAUGGCACCAUUUUGUUCGGAGGUGUUGACCAUAAUAAGUAUUCCGGCACUCUGUACACCGUUCCCCUGGUAAACACUUUCAGAGGGUUUAGCUCCCCCAUCCAAUUUGAAGUUACUCUAAAUGGUCUUGGGACCCUUGAAUCCAACGGUGACAAAAAAACUCUAACUACCACCAAAAUACCGGCCUUGUUGGAUUCCGGUACCACUUUAACCUAUUUGCCCGAGGAAAUGGUAGAUCUGAUCGCGGAAGAAGUAGGGGCCCAAUACUCUUCCAGAGUAGGAUAUUAUGUAAUGAAAUGCCCAUCGUCUAAUAAUAGCACUCAAAUCGUGUUCGAUUUUGGUGGCUUUCACAUCAAUGCCGCGCUGUCUAGUUUUAUCUUGAGCACAACGGGCAGUACCUGUAUUUUGGGUAUUCUUCCAACAAGUGAUAGUAGUUCUAUCCUUGGUGAUUCAUUUUUGACUAACGCAUACGUGGUUUAUGAUUUAGACAAUCUAGAAGUUUCCAUGGCACAGGCCAAAUACAAUGUCACAAGUGAGGAUAUCGACAUCAUUUCAACUUCUGUUCCAAAUGCCGUUAAGGCGCCAGGCUACACAAAUACUUGGUCUACAAGUGCAUCUAUCGUUACUGGCGGUAACAUAUUUACCAUAGAUUCUUCAGCAACUGCUUCGUACAGUGGUAACGUGACAUCAAGUACUGCAUCCGCCACUUCUACUACAUCCAGUAAGAGGAACGGUGGUGAUCGUACUGUGCCAUCUCUACUUUUCACGCUGAUCUCUCUUAUUUCUGCAUUCAUUUGA